UAAGUUUUACUGUUCAGAUGACAAAGAGAAAAUACUGUAUUACUUUGACAUUGUUUUUGUAAGUUUGACAAUCUUUAGCCUAAAUCCCACAGCCAAUGACAGAGAACAGGAAGAACCAUCAACACUCAACCCUCAACAUGAUGACCCUGAAACAAAAUGUUGGCAGUUUCAUCUCACCAACAAAGAAAGCGUACACCAAACGGUCUGUGAGGAGUGCUACCCGAACAAGCAUUACACAGUAUAAAACAAGUCAUGGAAACCGGAAAGAGGUAUCCUGCACGUUUUCAAAUGAAAAGUCUCCAUUCUGUUAUUGGCAUCAUUAUUAUUGGCAUCAUUUGGUUAACCCCAGUUUUUGGAAUAAAUUGAGGUCGCUGACAAACCAGACCAUUGUCAAAGGUCUGCAUAAUAAUGACGUCAGUGUAUUCCAAACACUGGUGCCUGAUGAUCACAAUCAUUUGGAUUAUAAACUUUCUGGUAUGUUCUAUUACGAAUUGUCUGGGACUCGUUAUUGUUUCGUUGUUUACUACUGAAAUAUAUUUUGCUUAUUAAGUCAAAUAAGACAUUAACUGCAAUACACUGAUCUCAAAUAUAUUUGCAUAAUUAAGCUAAACAGAGCCAUGGCGGAUCCAUUGUAAAAUUAGAGGCUUUUUAUAUUGUAUUAAAACGUGUCCCGGUCCAACGUGCUAACUCUGCCCACUGCUUAUGGAGGGCUCUUUAAAAUACGCGCUUGUAUCAAUUUAUUCCAACAGAUCGAGUUCUCAUCACACAUGCACCCAUUUGGACCCAAUGUCAACUGGCAGAGGCUGUUCAAAGACGACUCAAUGGAGAAUCUUGCCACCUACAGCCCGGACUUGAAACAGGUCGAAAUUCUCUGGAGAGACCUGGAAAUAGCUGUGCAGUGACGAUCCCCAUCCAACCUGUCAGAGCUUGAGAGGAUCUGAAGAGAAGAAUGGAAGAAAGUCUCCAAAUACAGGUUACAGGCAAGCAGCAACCACAGCAGACGAGCAGGACGCUUUUGGGGAAAGUGUGUAAAUGUUUGUCUGUGUUGAUUGCUAUACUUAUGUACUUUAGCUGACAGAGGUUUUUAUUGAGCAUCGGAGCGCUGUUGGUAUUUAGAGUUCGGUUGCAGAAGAGCCCAGUUCCUCAAGAGAUGAGAUCCACUAACACGUCUCAACCAGACUACUAAUCCAUCUUUAGAAUAUUACAGUAUAUUCUAAUUGUUUGACAAAGAUCAUAUUAAAUGCAUGGCGACUAGCAAGAUACAGUACAACUAUUCAUGAAUGAGGAUGAGACUGUGUGGGAGUCUUGGGAGCAUGAACAGUGUGGAGGCCUUCCUGUUCUUUAUUAGUAUUCUUUAUUAGCCCAGCUCCUACGUUUAGAAGGAUGUGGUUAUGACAAACAUUUCUAAUGAGACAGGUAGAUGCACUGUGUACUAGAUACAUAUAUUGAACCUUUUUGAGUUGUCUGUCACAUUUCUUCCCCAGUCAUAUGUAAGCUAAUUUAUACCUGCACUAUACAUUAUAUAAUGUCACAAAUACUGUUUUUUGUUUUGAAAUUUUACUUUAGUUUUGAGAGAUGAGGUUUGUCAGUGAGGAAAUAUAUUAUAUUAGAACACAUGACCACCUACAAUUGACUUUAUGACACACCAGGAAGAAGACAGGGGAGAAUAUAUUUGUAUAUGUUGGCCUUCUAUUUAAUUGAACUUGAAUCCAUUUAAACAUGAUUGACACAAGUGCAAUGUGAGGUUUAUGUUGUUAUUAUUACAUACAGUACCUAUAGUGAUACAUGGAUGUUUUACCUCCUCUAUCAAUGUAUGAAUGUAUUUCAGCCCUUAAAGUAUAAUGGUGAUAACAAUGUGUUGCACUUUGAUUGUUUGAUAUAAUGUACCUUGUUCACUAGAUUUAAUUGUAUCACGUUUUAGUUCCUGUUUGUAUUUAUUCUGAUCAUGGAUGUUGCUUGUUGUGUUUUUGCUUGUUGUGUUUGACCCCACUAGAUUUAACACUGUUUAUAACUCAGGUUAUUAUUCUCGCUUGAUCUGUAUGUUUUAUAUUGUUUAAGAUUCAAAAUCGUUCUUUAAAUGUAUUAUGUGCUCCCCGUCACCUUGUUUUACAGUAACAUCACCAUUUAAAAUCAGGGUUACUUAGUUAUAACAGUUUACAGUAACAUCACAAUCAGGACGAGGUUGUUUAAUAGCGCUGCACCAGGCUCCCUUGGCUAUGUGUGUAAUAUGUCAGCGCCUAUCUAUUUUAAGAAGAGUUCAACUAAUUAACCUUCUCAACUAAAACUAGUGAUAGACCAGCAGAGUUUACUUUCACUUUUAGUUUAGGGGAGGGGCUUCUGCCAAAACGUCCUUAUGUGACGACGGAAAUCAUUUAUCAUGGCGCCUGCACUCUGCAACUACCUGUUUAUUCAGCUAAUACUCCUCCCUAAAGGGCUCUCUCAGUUGGUAAGAACACAGCAGGUUGUCACAGCAACCCUGGGAGAAGAUGCAGUCUUAACCUGUGAGCUCAUGACACUCAAAGACGUGCGGCAAGUCACCUGGCAAAAAGAGACAACUGAGGCGAAUGAAAAUGUGGCCACCUACAGCAAACGAGGUCCUGAUGUCAACGUACGUUUUAAGGGGAAAGUGGAGUUUGAAGACGAGGGACUGCAGAACUGCUCUAUCGUCAUCAGAGGAGUGUCAAGAGGAGACGAGUCCUGCUACAAGUGUCUGUUUAACACCUUUCCAGAGGGAGCUAUCAGUGGAACCACCUGCCUCAAAGUCAAUGAGCUGUAUGGACCCUCACUCCUCAUCACACAAACCAACAACAGUCACACCACUCUGUCCUGUUCUGCUACUGGACGACCUGUUCCUACAGUAACCUGGGAAGACACAGAAAUUCUAGAAGAUUCCACAAUGGCCAAUGUCACCCAUCUCAAUGGAACUGUCACGGUCACCAUAACUUCUACGCUGGCAGCAUUCAGUCUACCUGACAAAGACACCAGGGUUGGCUGUAUGGUGUCACUGUUCUCUGGAGGUGUCACCAAGAACGUAUCCAUGGUUAUUCCAGCUAGAACUCAAGCUUCAUUUCCUGAUGUACCUGAGGUCACUGAUGGUGACAGGAUCAGAGUUAACCCAACAGGGAUUGGUGCAGUGAUGGGUUCACUGUGUUUCAUUGCUGUGUGCUGUGGAGCUGCUGUGGCACUAUGGUGCAAACUGAGAACUACAACAAGAAGCCAAUGACAGAGAACAGGAAGAACCAUCAACACUCAACCCUCAACAUGAUGACCCUGAACCAAGUAAACAGUGUUUGUACUUACUGUAGGUAAUAGAUUAGAAAACAUUGAAUUGCUUUUCAGUAUCAAAUGUCCUCCCUGGAGAAUAUGUAACUGUAAAUACCCACAAAGCCGUUUGUAUUUUGUAUUUAUUAGGGAACCCCAUUAGCUGCUCUUCCUGGGUCCAAACAUAUUACAGUCCUUACAUUACAUAUAAAACAUUAUUACACCACUACAUCUCUACAAUACAACAUGUUUAAUACCACCAUACAACAAUAUCACAAUGUUUACACAUGCAUGUGUCUGUACCUUUGUAUGUGUCUUCACAGUCCCCGUUGUUCCAUAAGGUGUAUUUUUACCUGUUUAAAAAAAUCUGAUUCUACUGCUUGUAUUACAUGAUGUGGAAUAGAGUUCCAUGUCGUCAUGGCUCUAUGUAGUAUUGUGCACCUCCCAUAGUCUGUUUUGGACUUGGGGACUGAAAAGAGACCUCUGGUGGCAUGUCUUGUGGGGUAUGCAUCGGUGUCCGAGCUGUGUGCAAGUGUUUUAAACAGACAGCUUGGUACAUUGAGCUUGUCAACACCUCUUACAAAAACAAGAAGUGAUGAAGUCAAUCUCUCCUCUACUUUGAUCCAUGAGAGAUUGACAGGCAUGUAAUUAAUGUCAGCUCUCCGUGUACUUUUAAGGGCCAGCCGUGCUGCCCUGUUCUGAGCCAAAUACAAUUGUGGCACCUGGCCACACUACUGAACAGUAGUCUAGGUGCGACAAAACUAGCGCCUGUAGGACCUGCCUUGUUGAUAGUGUUGUUAUGAAGGUAGAAACUAGGGCCUGUAGGACCUGCCUUGUUGAUAGUGUUGUUAAGAAGGUAGAAACUAGGGCCUGUAGGACCUGCCUUGUUGAUAGUGUUGUUAUGAAGGUAGAAACUAGGGCCUAUAGGACCUGCCUUGUUGAUAGUGUUGUUAUGAAGGUAGAAACUAGGGCCUGUAGGACCUGCCUUGUUGAUAGUGUGGUUAUGAAGGUAGAAACUAGGGCCUGUAGGACCUGCC